UAAUAAAGUACACAGUACUUGAAGGCAAGAAAGAGAGAGGGACCACGAUGUCCUUCGGGAGGGCUACAUAGGGUGUGUAAUCCCAAUGGGGUUGCCUUCAGGCAUGUCCAGUGAGCUCUCAUGGAACCCAAAGACACCCACCGUUUGCCCUUCGUCCCUACAUCCCCACAUGACUUUGUUUCUCUUUCAAAUUCUAUUAGCUCACCAUAUAUACCCCUUCCAACCCCCUUCUUUCUUUCAAACCACCUCUCAUCUAAACUCUUCUCUCUUACUCUUUCCUCUAAAAUCUAAAAAACAUAUAAUCUUAUUUCUCUUCUUUAUUACCCCACAAGUUUUACAGUACUUUCAGAAGAAAAUGGCGAUCAGGAAAUCAAACAAAUUGCCUCAAACAGCAGUUAUCAAGCAAAUCCUGAAAAGGUGCUCCAGCUUGGGAAAAAAACAAAGCUAUGAUGAACAAGGACUCCCUUUGGAUGUCCCAAAAGGCCAUUUUGUUGUAUAUGUUGGCGAAAACAGAAGCAGAUACAUUGUUCCCAUCUCUUUCUUGACCCGACCGGAGUUUCAAAGCUUGCUUCAUCAAGCUGAAGAAGAAUUUGGUUUUGAUCACAACAUGGGGCUAACCAUUCCUUGUGAAGAAGUCGUUUUCCAGUCUCUAACAUCCAUGCUCAGUUGAAAAAAGCUAGCAAAAUCAAGAUAAAGACUGU